CGAAACGCCGGCGCGGGCGCAUGUUGCACAGUACGAGUUAGUGUUACAUAUUCUUAUGCUACACGCAUGUGUUGUGUGAUUAAUGACAGAGGUUAAUAGUGUACGCUAAGUGCGCUGUGAAAAAUGCUGAAUUUGAGAUCAAUCAUUGUCCUUGGACUUCUUUGUGUGCACCCAGCCUAUUCGGUGCUGCCACAUCCUCGGCUAGACUCAGCUGAGUCUACAGAACAGUCGACUGAGUCUGCUUUACCUGGAGACCUACACGAAGGUUCGGGAGAAGACCCCACUGGACCCCCCACGAAUAAGAAUGAGACCAGAGAAGCCCUUAAAUCAGAUGGCAGUGAGCAAGACCCAGUAGUGUUUCUAUCUGAUAAGAACAGUUACAUCCCAGUUAGCAUCAAGCCAAGAUCACCAGUCGACUCUAGUUGGAGGGAGCCACCAGCUUGGGAAAGGGAGUACAGAAGACAUCGCACUAACGGCAGCAGAGUACAAUACAUCGAAGCAGAAUGCCAAGACGACUUCAUGAAAAUCAGAGUGGGUUUCAACGGGUCGUUCAGCGGUCUCGUUUAUUCAGCUGGCUACUCCUACGAUCCUGACUGUAUGUACAUAAACGGUUCUGGUCGUGACUAUUACGAGUUCUACAUACAACUGAACCGAUGCGGAACCCUGGGAAGAAACGGGCAACACGAGGACACCAGGAAACAUCCAGCUAAGAAUCUGAUGUGGAACACCAUAACAGUUCAGUAUAACCCACUGAUUGAAGAAGAGUUGGACGAACACUUCAAGGUCACCUGCGAAUACGGAUACGAUUUUUGGAAAACUGUCACCUUCCCCUUCCUGGACGUUGAAGUGGCGACAGGCAAUCCGGUGGUCUUCACUCUGCAGCCUCCAGAGUGUUAUAUGGAGAUAAGAUCUGGUUAUGGGGCGACCGGAGCAAGGGUCACGGGACCAGUGAGGGUUGGAGAUCCUCUGACUUUGCUCAUUUACAUGAGAAGCGCGUAUGAUGGUUUUGAUAUAGUCGUCAAUGAUUGUUUCGCACACAACGGGGCUGCGAAGAGAAUCCAACUCAUAGAUGAAUAUGGAUGUCCCGUGGAUGAUAAACUGAUAUCUCGCUUCCGCGGCUCCUGGUCCGAGUCCGGUGUCUUCGAGACUCAGGUUUACGCGUACAUGAAGACUUUUCGCUUCACCGGAUCGCCAGCCUUAUAUAUUGAAUGCGAUGUUAGGAUGUGCCAUGGGAGAUGUCCGUCACAACCCUGCCAUUGGCGUAACAUGAAGAGUGUAAAGAAACGUUCAGCUGAAGCGGAGACGGCGAGCGUAGCGCCGCGUCUAUCAGAAAACAUCUCUCUCUUUCAGUCGUUGAGAGUUCUACAGGAGGGGGAAGAGGACGAGGAUAUGGCACGAGCUGGUAUGUUUAAUGCAGCUGAAGGACAGACGUGUAUGAAGACGUCAGCGCUCUCCGCUAUGAUAGUGUCUUGUAGUGUGCUCGUGGCAGCCCUGCUGGUAGCCCUCCUUGUUGCCGCUAGAGGAUGGCGGCAAAGCGAAAAAAGGACGCCAAUACACGCUUAUGUACCACACAAGGGAAGAAUAAAAUAAUUUUCUAGAUUUAGGCUUUAGUUACAUAAUUUUGAGAUUAUUGCUGUACGAACGCAAAUGUUUAAUUUAUGAAUGGAUGAAUAGUAUGGACCUUUGGCUUUUUAUAGAAGGAAGUAGAUAAAAGAAAACUAAGUACAUAUAUUUUGAGUGUAUCAAUAAAGUAAAAGUUUUGAAUAUUUCUCACGCGGGUUUUAAAUAGAGCAAAUGAAAAGCUUUUACAUUUUAAAGUAAUACUCGUUAAGUAAAAUUUUAGAUUAAGUUUAGCAAAUAAAUAAAAAAAAAAUUCCACCCAUCGACUACCAUAAUUGUCGGUAAAAAUAUGGAAUUGAAAGACAAAAAGUGAGGACGUGUAUUUUUAUGCAAAAUACAUCUCCUCCUGUUUGCCAAAUUCUUGUGAUAAAAAUUAAGAGGGCUGAGACAAUACGAACUGAUUCACUCAACAAUAUCUAUAUAAUAUAGGAAUAUUACUUUCUAUACCACAGAGGUUUUAUGGAACCAAUAUUCGAAUUUGGAAUUUUUGAACGAUUUUGAACUUUUAUAAAAAAAAAAAUAUAUCGAACAGUAUUUUCAGCCCAGCUUAAAUAAAUUUUUAAUUUAAGACAAUUAUUUAUUGUAUCGACUAAAGCACGUUUGUUUUUAAGGUUAUUGUAAAUAUAUUUUUAGUUAGAUAAUUUUGUAUUCUCAUUUCAAGGAAAA